AUGUCUUCCGAAGUGACUUUAAAUUACAGUACCAAUGGAACCGACGAAGACCCGGUGCCGGACUGGGAUGCCUACCCCACCACCCCGCUGACUCGGACUGGACUGAAUGUGGUCGCCGUGUUUCUGGGAACUAUUAUGCUGUUCGGUUUCCUGAACAACCUGGUGGUGCUGAUCCUCUUCGUUAAGUUCAAGACACUUCGCACGCCGGUGAACAUGCUGCUCCUGAACAUCAGCGUGAGCGACAUGCUCGUGUGCAUGUUUGGAACCACGCUCAGCUUCGCCUCCAGCAUCAAAGGACGGUGGCUGGCGGGGAGAUACGGAUGCAUGUGGUACGGCUUCAUCAACUCCUGCUUCGGCAUCGUGUCUCUCAUCUCAUUGGCCAUCCUGUCCUACGACCGCUACAGCACCCUGACGGUCUGCAACAAGCGCUCCCCCGACUACCGCAAGCCCCUGCUGGCCGUGGCCGGCUCCUGGCUCUACUCCCUCGUCUGGACAGUGCCCCCCCUGCUGGGCUGGAGUAGUUAUGGCCUGGAGGGCGCCGGCGUCGGCUGCUCCGUCACGUGGAGGUCCAACACGGUGGGCUCCCACUCCUACAUCAUCUGCCUGUUCAUCUUCUGCCUGGGCAUACCUGUGUUGGUCAUGGUCUACUGCUACGGGAGGCUGCUCUAUGCUGUCAAACAGGUGGGCAGGAUCCGCAAGUCGUCGGCGCGGCGACGGGAGUACCACAUCUUGUUCAUGGUGAUCACCACGGUGAUCUGCUACCUGAUCUGCUGGAUGCCGUACGGCGUGGUGGCCAUGAUGGCCACCUUCGGGCCACGGAACUCCGUCACGCCCGUCACCAGCGUCAUCCCCGCCAUCUUGGCCAAGAGCAGCACCGUCAUCAACCCCGUCAUAUACAUCUUCAUGAAUAAACAGUUCUACAAGUGCUUCCUGAUCCUGCUGGGCGUAAAGCACAGCGCCCUGGAGAACGGCAACACCUCCAUGCCCUCCAAGACCACGGCCAUCCCGCUCAACCGCCGCGUCUACAACAAUGCGCAGACGGCCACUCCCGAGGUAGCCGCCCCGCCAUCAAAUCCAGCCGCAGCCAAUCACAGCCAGGAGUGCAGCUCCCCGGGCUCGGACAAGACCAACCCUCUCGAAGAGUCCACCCAGCCACCCUCACCGUCCGGCGCCAGAGCAGAGCAAAUAGACACCUAGCAAUGUGUACUGUGUGUGUUUAUGUGUGACUGUGUGUGUGUGUGCGUGCGUGCAUGUGUGUGUGCAGCAUACAUGUUCAGUAUGUAUGUGUGUGUGUGUGUGUGUGUGUGUGUGUGUGUGUGUGUGUGUGUGUGUGUGUGUGCAUGUGACAUUGUGUGUUUGUGUGUGCACAUGCUUGUUGUGCGUUUGUAACCCUUUGUGCAACAGUGGUGAUGUUCCAAGUGUCUCAUCCAACAUCAAUCUUGUCAGAUCCAAACCCUCCUGAUCUGGGUAAAUGUGUGGCCUUCCUCAGUUCCGUAGGCCUGGGGUGGAUGCCUCGAAACUGUAGUUGCUGUCUAUGUUAGCUACUUUGUUGGCUGCAAUGCAAUUACCCAUUGGCAGCUACCCACGUUGCUAACUGGGUAACAACUACUCUUUCGAGAAACACAACCCUGUAUGGUAUAUACAGUGCAUACAAUUGGUGUGGUGGUGUUCCUACUCUACUGUACUCUACCUUCAUUGAACCAUGUGCUACCUGAACACAAGCCUCUGGAGUCUGACGUGUG